CUCACCCUCGUCCGUCUCCGGCUCCUGCUCCGGAGCCUGCAGCCUCCCGCAGCCGAUGCCGGGGCUCGGACCCCGCACCCCGAGAGUCUUUGUUAAUGGAUGUGGUGGCCCGAGGCACCACGACCCGGCGGAGCAGGUUGAAAAGAUCCGAUGGCAGCACCACUUCGACCAGCUUCAUCCUCAGACAGGGUUCAGCGGAUUCCUACACAAGCAGGCCAUCUGACUCUGAUGUCUCAUUGGAAGAGGACCGGGAAGCAAUUCGGCAGGAGAGAGAACAGCAAGCAGCCAUCCAGCUUGAGAGAGCAAAGUCCAAACCUGUAGCAUUCGCUGUGAAGACAAAUGUGAGCUACUGUGGUGCCCUAGACGAGGAUGUGCCUGUUCCCAGCACGGCCAUCUCCUUCGAUGCCAAGGACUUUCUACAUAUUAAAGAGAAAUACAACAAUGACUGGUGGAUAGGAAGGCUGGUGAAAGAGGGCUGUGAGAUUGGCUUCAUCCCAAGUCCACUCAGACUGGAGAACAUAAGGAUUCAGCAGGAACAGAAAAGAGGACGUUUUCACGGAGGGAAAUCAAGUGGAAAUUCUUCCUCAAGUCUUGGAGAAAUGGUAUCAGGGACAUUUCGAGCAACUCCCACAUCAACAGCAAAACAGAAGCAAAAAGUGACGGAGCACAUUCCUCCUUACGACGUUGUGCCAUCAAUGCGUCCAGUGGUGUUGGUGGGGCCGUCACUGAAAGGUUAUGAGGUAACAGACAUGAUGCAGAAAGCCCUCUUUGAUUUCCUGAAGCACAGGUUUGAUGGGAGGAUAUCAAUAACGAGAGUGACAGCUGACAUUUCUCUUGCUAAGAGGUCUGUCCUAAAUAAUCCCAGCAAGAGAGCAAUAAUUGAACGUUCGAACACCCGGUCCAGCUUAGCGGAAGUACAAAGUGAAAUUGAAAGAAUCUUUGAGCUCGCGAGGUCUUUGCAACUGGUGGUUCUUGACGCUGACACCAUCAAUCACCCAGCACAGCUUAUAAAAACCUCCUUAGCGCCAAUUAUUGUUCAUGUCAAAGUCUCGUCCCCAAAGGUUUUACAGCGGUUGAUUAAAUCUAGAGGAAAGUCCCAAAGUAAACACUUGAAUGUUCAGUUGGUGGCAGCUGAUAAACUUGCACAAUGCCCUCCUGAAAUGUUUGAUGUGAUAUUAGAUGAGAAUCAGCUUGAGGAUGCAUGUGAACAUCUGGGAGAGUACCUGGAGGCAUACUGGCGGGCCACGCAUACCACCAGCAGCACCCCCAUGACCCCGCUGCUGGGGAGGAAUCUGGGCUCCACUGCACUCUCACCAUAUCCAGCUGCAAUGUCUGGGUUACAGAGUCAGCGAAUGAGGCACAGCAACCACUCCACAGAGAACUCUCCAAUUGAAAGACGAAGUCUAAUGACCUCUGAUGAAAACUAUCACAAUGACAGGGCUCGGAAGAGUAGGAACCGCUUGUCUUCCAGUUCCCAGCAUAGCCGAGAUCAUUACCCUCUUGUGGAAGAAGAUUACCCUGACUCAUACCAGGACACUUACAAACCUCAUAGGAACCGAGGCUCACCUGGGGGAUACAGCCAUGACUCCCGACAUAGGCUUUGAGGCUGCCAAUACAAAAAAUAAAAAGUUUUCAUCUGUUGACUAUUUGCCAUAGCACUGCUAGGAUAAACCAAUCAUUUUAACUUGGCAAGCACAGCACAGUACUUACUGUGCUUAUGAGCUGCUGUCAUUUGAUGCUCAGUAAGGGGCAAAAAAAAUGUACAUUAUGCCCUUGAAUUAGAUGGAUAUUAGAUGCCCAAUCAUAUAGAUAUUUUUAAGUGCAACAUUUACAUGAUAACAGUAACUUUUGUUUUCUUCAUAGAUUUAGACACAUCAAUUCGUAGUCUAGAGUACUUAUCAAGGCACAUAUAAAAUAAUUUCCCAUGCUGGAAAUUCCAAAUGACCAGUUCCAGUUGGAACCAAUUUAUAAACCAAUUCCUGUUGGAAUUUGGGUGAAUUGACUAGAAUGUCUACUUGAGCAUGUUGCAAUCAAUUUAAAAAUUGGAAAAAAAAAACCCUAAUUAAUAUGAAAAUCAAAAUACAAAUAGAAGCCAAAACCAGCUAUGGUAUUUAUUUACUGGAAGCUAAAUUUACACUUAAAGUUGGAUAUGUAAACAUUUUAAUAUAUGUCUUGCCAGAAUGGCUUUUCAAACUUACCAAAUAUAUUGAUAGUGCAAAAAAAAAAAAAAAAA